CGACCGAUCAAAGCUGUCGUUUUUAGUCUCGGCCGGCCGGUUCGGCUUCACCACUCGACGCCGUCUCCGAGUGAUCUCCUUCCUUCCGCCCGCCAUGGCCGCCGCCCGCGGCUCCGCUAGUUUCCACCUCGUGCCGCUACUGCUCUACUCGCACCUGAUGAUCGCCCUCGCCUCGCCGGCGGGGGAGCUCCUGGCCGAGGCGCGGGCGCCGGGGUUCGCCGCGUGGCUGCGCGGCGUGCGGCGGCGCAUCCACCAGCGGCCCGAGCUGGCCUUCCAGGAGCACCGCACCAGCGAGCUCGUGCGCGCCGAGCUCGACGCGGCCGGCGUCCCGUACAGGUGGCCCGUGGCCACCACCGGCGUCGUGGCGACCAUCGUCGGCGGCGGCCCCGGGCCCGUCGUCGCGCUCCGGGCCGACAUGGACGCUCUCCCCGUGCAGGAAUUAGUUGAUUGGGAAUACAAGAGCCAGGAAAAAGGGAAAAUGCAUGCGUGCGGACAUGAUGCACACACAGCAAUGCUUCUGGGGGCUGCUAAGAUACUUCAAGAUCACAAGAGUGACUUAAUGGGCACUGUAAAGCUUGUUUUCCAGCCAGCAGAGGAGGGUCAGGGCGGUGCAUAUUAUGUCCUACAAGAAGGUCUUCUUGAUGACGUGUCAGUCAUCUUUGGCUUGCAUGUCGACCCAGCCCUUCCAGUAGGCGUCGUUGCAUCAAGGCCAGGACCCUUUGCUGCAACAGCAUGUCGAUUCCAAGCAACUGUUACUGGUAAAGGUGGGCAUGCUGCACUACCCCACCAAGCCUUUGAUCCAACUCUAGCUGCAUCCAGUGCCAUCCUCAGCCUUCAACAAAUUGUCUCCCGGGAAAUAGAUCCUCUCCAAGGCGCGGUUGUAUCAGUCACUUUUGUGAAAGGAGGAGAUGCUUAUAAUGUUAUUCCAGAGUCUGUGACCUUUGGUGGCACCUUGAGGAGCAUGACAAAUGAAGGUUUAUCAUAUCUCAUGAAGCGAGUUAUUGAGAUUGUAGGACAGUCAGCGGUACAUCGCUGCACUGGCACUGUGGACUUCAUGGUGGACAAAAUGAGAACAUACCCGGCUGUGGUCAACGAUGAAGAGAUGUAUGCCCAUGCCAAGGAAGUGGCUCAGAGCUUGCUUGGGAAGGAGAACGUCAAGGUCGCGCCGCAGCUAAUGGGAGCGGAGGAUUUUGGGUUCUACGCGCAGAGAAUGGCCGGCGCCUUCUUCACCAUUGGAGUCGGCAACAAGAGCACCAUGGUGACAAUCCAUUCCACUCACUCCCCCCACUUUGUGGUUGAUGAGGACGUGCUUCCCGUAGGAGCUUCGUUCCAUGCUGCUGUGGCAAUUGAAUACUUGAAGAAACAUGCAUCAGACUGAAACUGAGUGCGAAAAAUAGGCUAGUUUUUGGAACCUUUGGGCCUGCUGCAGCUAUGCUUUUUGUGGAGGUUUUUCAAGACAGGCAGCAGGUCUUCAGAUGCUCAGGUGUCAGGAUCUGCAUGUUACUCUCAUUGAUGUAAAGAAAAUGAUGCAAUCGCACAAACAAAAUCUUCAAGAAAUCCUACCCGUAUCUUUUUCUUUUCUUGAAUAUAGAUAUCUUGUAAUCUUGAAUAGAUAAAGGAGAGCCGCGCAUAUUUAUAGUAGGAAGAAGAAUACAGUGCGAUUACAAAGUCUCGAGAGGUGAGCUAUUACAUCACUGAACAAUCAACCCAAUCGAUAACAUGACAGAGACGUAUUCUUUGGUUGUU